AAAAAAACGACAAAUAAAAGAAAUUUUUUCAAAUAUAAAUAUAAAACAAAUAAAAGUUAAAUAAAUUAAAUCAAAUUAACCUUUCCAUUGAAAUAUUCUGUGUGUGUGUAGAUUUGUAAAAAUAAAUUGCAUGUGGUCGUCAUCGUCGUCUUUUAUAAAUCACACUCUUUUGCUGAGCAACGAAUGUAUGUAUUCAUUCGUAACUGAUGUCGAGUUUUUUUAAUCACAAUUUACAGUGAUGAUCUAAAUGUAUAACACUCAACUAAAGUUGCAGCGGAGAGAAGGAGGUUUUUCUCAAUAUUUCUUAUUAUUUUAAGCUGCAACUAAAAACGGAGACCAAUUAAUUAGAAUUGAGUUAAACAAGUAAUGAAUGAGAAAAUAAAAUCACCCUCAGGGCAGGGUGGUGCUGGAUCCGGUGCGGGUUCAGCAGCAGGCGGCACAACAACAGCUACAACGGCCAAUAGUGCAGGAGGAGGAGGAUCGGGAGCGGGAACGGGUGGUGGAGGUGGUGGUGGUAAUAAUAGCGGUGCGACGGGUGGCAAUUUACCAGGAGCUCCCAACACAUCAGCAGCCGGGGGACCAGGUAUAGGUGCUCCACCAACACCAAAUAAUGGCAGUGAUACAACGGCACAAAUGCCAACACAUCCUUAUGGACCACCCGGUGGUGGUUCUGCAGGUGAUUCAGUAAUGUCACACUAUCACAUGCAUCAACAGCCACCACAUCCACAACAUAUGCCACCACAUCAACAGCCAGGCGGCCCAGGAGUACCACCACCACCGCCCUCUGGUGAACAUCCCGGUAAAGAGGGUAUUGAUUAUGGUCAAAGUCCCUUGGGUGGUCCACCACCACCACUACCCGGUGGCCAUCAUCCUAUGUAUGGACGUUAUCAUCAUACAGAUCCCAGCAUGGAUCCUUAUCGUUAUGGCCACUCGCCUAUGCAACAACCACCACCAGGUGGUAAACCACAACAAUCUGCACCUGGUGGUGGUCCCGGCGGUAUUGGCUCACCGAGUCGUCCACCACCCCAAAGGUAUAUACCCGGUCAACCGCCACAAGGUCCCACACCGACCCUAAAUUCAUUGUUGCAAUCAUCGCAUCCACCACCUCCUCCCCAACAUAGGUAUACGAAUAGUUAUGAUCCCCAGCAACCGCCGCCACCACCACAACAACAGCCGCCACCUCAACAAUCACAAGCACCUACACAGCCGGGUGCUGGAGGACCACAGCCUCCAGGCGGUCCAACACAAAGUGGUCCACCAGGACCACCUCAACAUGGUGGACCACCACCGCCACAUCAGUCGCCGUAUGGUGGUCAACAGAGUGGUUGGGCACCACCACCCAGACCUUAUAGUCCACAGUUGGGACCUUCACAGCAGUAUAGAACACCACCACCGACAAAUACUUCCAGAGGUCAAUCCCCCUAUCCGCCAUCACAAGGUCAAAACUCAGGUUCCUAUCCAAGUUCGCCCCAGCAACCACAGCCAGGGCAACAACAACAGCAGCAGCAACAACAACAGCAGCAACAAAGUAGUAGUGGUAGUGGUGGCGGUAGUGGAGGUGGUCCACCACCGCCGCCACAAUCUUCAAAUCAAGGCACAACACCAUCUCAAUAUUCACCGUAUCCACAAAGAUAUCCCACACCGCCUGGUCCAGCGACAGGGCCAAAUCAUCGAACUGCCUAUACGACGCAUCAGGUAAGACAAUUUUUUUUUUGGAAUUUUCGAAAUUUUAUAUAUUUUUAACUGGACCAGAAACUGAACUAGAACUGAAC